AUGACACUAGCUUUGCCUACUCCAAGCACAACUUCCAGCCAGAACACUGUACCUCUCAAUGGGCUUCCAGCACCCGGUACUCUGUCUCUUGAAUACAUUGCCCUUGGUGUCGGCACUCAGAACUACAGCUGCAGUGCUGCAGGUGCCACCCCCACAGCCAUUGGUGCAGUCGCCAGUCUCUACGAUGCAAGUAUGCUCAAGACGCCUUCGAGGGCAUCGUUGAUCCCAUCAUAUGCUGCUGUGGCCUACAGCACACAUACUUGGUUCAAUCUGCCUACUUUGGGACAUCAUUGGUUCAGCGCCGCAGGAGUGCCAACAUUCGACCUCGAAGGUCAUGGCUUCCUCAGUGCGAAGAAGGUGGCAAGUGUGCCAGCGCCUUCGGGAAGCAUCGCUGGCAGCGUGGACUGGCUGUUCCUAGAAGACGAUGGCAGAGGAGUGAGCAAGAACCUCAAGGCAGUGUACAGAGUCGAGACUGCAGGUGGUAGUGCACCAGCUACUUGCAGCAAAUCUGGAGUCAUCGCUGUUUCUUAUGCUGCCGAGUAUUGGUUCUACGGCUAG